AUGGGGGACUUUAAUUCAGCUCUCCACGCGGAUGACUCGUUAUUUGGUCCUUCUAGUCAAUCGAUAGGCAUGCGGGAAUUUUGUGAAUGUAUUGAAGAAUCGGAGCUUGUUGAUGUUAAGGGCCAUGGUAUUCAUUUCACUUGGAACCAGAAGCCGAAGGAAGGGAUCGGUUUGAUGAGGAAAAUUGAUAGAGUAAUGAGUAAUGUUAAGUGUCUAGACUUAUUUCCGGAUGCUUACCUUAUUUAUCACCCGUAUCGAGUCUCUGAUCAUACUCCGUGCAUUUUGAAGCUGACUAAUACGUCUAACAAUUCUCGGCCAAAGCCGUUUAAGUUUGCAAACUUUAUUGUCUCAAAACCUGAAUUUAAAGUCUGUGUGGAGCAACAAUGGGCGAAAAAAAUUGACGGGUUUGCAAUGUUCUCGGUCGUUAGUAAGCUUAAAAACCUGAAACCAGGUCUCAGAAAAAUCCUUUUCCAACAAGGUAACCUGCAUUGA